GGAACACAAAACUUUAACCCCACGCGCCACGGUCGUAAAACCCUCUUUUGCUUUAUAACUAAAAGAACCUCAAACACAUCUAUCCCCUUCGCUCCCUCUCGAAACAAUGGCAAUCUCACCAUUACUAUUCAUUAGUUUGAUUUGUCUCGCAGGCGGUGGCUCUCUUUUACCGGCGGGGGAAGCGAUAUGGUUAACGAUUCCAAGUUCAGGCGAGAAAUGUGUCUACGAAGAGAUCCAUGCCAAUGUGGUCGUCGUCGUUGAUUACCUUUGCAUCGAUCAAAAUAACAUCGGACUUGGUCCUACAGUUGAUGUCCGGGUAAAUUCAGCUUACGGGAAGGAACUGUACAAGAAGACAAACGAGACACACGGUCAGUUUGCGUUUACAACGAGCGAGACGGGAACAUACUUGGCUUGUUUUUGGAUGCACCAUGAUCAGACACAUUACACAGCUGACAAUAGCACUGCUGUCAUUAAUCUUGACUGGAAGACGGGUAUCCAAACCAAAGACUGGGAUGCUGUUGCUAAGAAAGAAAAGAUUGAGGGUGUGGAACUUGAGCUUCGAAAAUCUUCAGAACGUAUUAACGAAAUUAGGGCAAACAUUAUCUACCUGAGGUUCAGGGAAUCAUCUAUGAGGGAGGUAAACGAAAAGACUAACCAAAGGGUUGCGCGACUCAGCUUUAUGUCUUUAGGGGUCUGCCUUUUCGUUUCACUUUUUCAAGUUUGGCAUCUCAAACGCUUCUUCCUCAAGAAGAAGCUUAUCUAACUUUUUGUUGUUCCAAUAUUAUCUUAGAAAACAGUUGCAAUCUCGUGACUUUUUGGAUGUUAUACCAAAUCAAUAAAGAAAUACAUGUUUAACUUUU